AUGAUAACAAGGAGAAAUACAAAGCACGCACGCCCACCACCGCAGCUCGUUUCACCAUACGACUCCACGUCGUCUGAGGAGGUGUACGCCACCCCCCCGGAGAACGAUGAGUCGAGUAGUGAUGACGAGCUGCUGCCUCCAGCGCCACGCCGAGCACCUGCGCUGCGCCGGGGGAGGCCACCGCUGCCGUGCCUGGGGUCAGUGGGACGCCCUGUCCUGCAUCCGGCUCCCGCCGUCGGUGGUGUAGUGCGCCGCAUGAGAUGGACGAAUAUGAUCAACAAAAAUGGCAUGCGAGCGUACUAUGGGGCGAUAGAAAGGGAAACAAACCUCACUGCGUAUCGUUCCCGAAUGCUUUCUCUGUUUCAGAUCCUUGAACCAGGAAUGACCGUUACGACACAACGACUGACUGAUCAAGUGCGGUUUAUUAAACGCAACAACGUGUUGGAUGAUGCUACGCUUGAUCGACUACGCUCUGAGGUGACAGUCUCUACACCUACCACUAAUCAAUCUCAACCAUCUAACGAUCAAGCGAACUCACAUAUUAAUCUGAUGUCACCUACAGAUUGUAGUUCUGUCGUGGUGGACGUCGAGACUGCAACUGUAAGUACCCAUGAUAAUGAGCAAUUGAGGAGGGCUUUGGAAGAUUCGAUUCUCGAGUUCAGACAAAUACCAGCUUCUGGGAAACCGCGACUUCCCCGUUUUCCCACGCAUAACCGUAAAAUAUCGUUAGUUGUGGCUCUGGAUCGUAUACUUGAUCCUUAUUUAGAAUCGAGCCAAGACCUUGCUGAUACACAUUCGAUCCUUUACUAUGCAGCCAUCGCAGCAUGCCGGGUUGCUCAUACCAGGUUCCCGGAUUCUGAUAGGGGGACACGGGUCGCUGGUGAAACACCUCAUUCGCAAAACAGGAUUGAACAACGUAUCAAUGCUGCUAGAACCAAGAUAGGCAAACUAAUCUGUUUUAGAUCGGGUAAUACCCGCCCAAGAGUCAUGCGUUUUGUGACACAAGCCUUUGCUGGAACAAAAUAUAUAAAACCUAAAGAUAAAAGUAGUAGGUGUCACGGAACGAAUUGA